AUGGUCGCCGCCUACAAGAUAUACACUGGGGCAGACCUGUUCGGCUACCCCCUCACAAACGUGAAGAGAGGCGGCAUUGCCGCAACAAUUUUGCUGCCUUUUAUUGGGAAACUCGUGAUGGGGAAGCUUGCUGCUUUGCGCAAGGCCGAGGAAGUCAUCAGAAAGGUAGGCCACCUCAACAUGUCGCUAGCGGACGAAGCGGCCAAGGCACUGGAUGUGGUGAAGUCGGGCGGCGCCGGAGCGGCCGUGAACUUUGCCGUCGAUCCGAGAGUCGCCGAUGCGUUGGCCGCGCUAGUCGCCCGCUCCCAACUUCACGCGAGCUUGGAUGUCUUCGGGUUGGAACGAGUCCUCUGA